CCUCCUGCAGACUGUCAGUAGUCGUGAUUUCUCUCUCUCCACUUUCUCUCACUCCACGCAGUGAGUGUUCACUUAAAGUGAACUUUACCGGGCAAACGCGGACAGCGAAACACAGCAGCCUCUCUCUCUCUCUCUCUCUCUCUCUCUCUCCUCUCGUUUGCUCGUCUCCAUGGAAACUGUUCAGAAAUUGACGUCUGGGUUUUCUCUGGACCUGGGACCUCUGAAGGAACCUCUGGGGUUCAUUCGUGUCCUAGAAUGGGUCUUCGCCAUCUUUGCUUUUGCCACCACUGGAGGUUACUCUGGGUCAACACACAUGGAGGAGAAAUGCCAGGACGACGUGAGGAAUGUCUUCGCUGUGUUUUACUACCCAUUUAGGUUGUCAGCGAAACCAUACAGCAUCCCUUAUUGCAAUGGCACUGAAUCUAAGGGCAUUUACCUGCAGGGUGACUUCUCCUCCUCCGCAGAGUUCUAUGUGUCUGUCGGUGUGUUUGCGUUCCUUUAUUGCACCGCCACCCUCGUCCUCUACCUGGGCUACCAGCAUGUCUACCGGCAGACCAGCCGCGGGCCCAUUGUAGACCUGGUGGUGACCGCCGUCUUUGCCUUCCUGUGGUUUGUGUCCGCGGCAGCUUGGGGCAAAGGCCUGACGGAUGUCAAAUGGGCCACCCAUCCAGAUCGCCUCGUGGAGCACUGCAAGGAUGUCUGUCACGUAGGAACGCAUCCUUCAAUGGGCCGCCUUAACGCCUCUGUGAUUUUCGGCUUCUUGAACUUGAUCCUGUGGGGCGGUAACUGCUGGUUUAUUUACAAGGAGACCCCUUUCCACAAGGAUCCAAUCCCGCCUGCCACCAUGGAGGAAGGAGAAGCUCCUGGGCCUUAAGCCCAACCACCGAGGGUCCUCAAGCAUCACCCUGUACCCACAGCAACGCUUUGUGCCCAACAUUGGUCUGUGAUCAUAACCUGCAGAAAUGGAUACAAAAUGAAGUCCUACAUACCCCCCCCCCAGCAACAUAAAUAUAUUUUUGAUUAUCAUCAAAUCCAGAUUCCUUUGCCUUGAAAACACUAAGCUCAAAUACAAACUAAAAUCAAGACGUGCAGCGAUAAACACUUUGUGUAAUUGUUUUUCAGAACAGCAGGUCCACAGUGCAUUUACCUCCGCAGUAGCAGACCGUCCUCUCUGCACGUCUGCCCCUCAGGGAGCCCCCUAGUGAGGAAAUUCUGAUGUAAGAACCCAGUAUCUCUGCUGCCCCGCCCCCCCAAAGAGAGAAGGGAUUAACAGAAGUUCAAAUCAAACAACCCCCACAGCCAAUAAAAGCAAGUUUUGCCUUAUUUAAAAAAAUAAAAUAAAUAGAGGUGGUGGGAGCAAAUGCCCGGCUGGGGUCCCGCUCUUCUUAAAUCAUAUAUAAGAUGACGUGCUACAACACUCACAACAAGUACUGUAACUGUAAACAUGUUAACUCUCCGAGACAUGAGCCUCAGUGUUUUUGCACGACAGCGUGUUAAGGCCGCAUUAAAGGGAAAAAAAAGUCAAGAAAAGUUGUAACACAUAAACAUAAAACAUAUUAUUUAGGAUGUAGGCGACAAGCGGGCUAAAUGUUGUCACCAGAAUUACAGGCCAGUUUAAGAAAUGAUUCAUAUUACUGAUGGUCGUCCCUCAAUGUGUGCGUUACAGCUUAGAUACUUUAACGUCACCGGUGCUCUCUUUUCCACAUGUAUGAUAAUCCCCGUAUUUUUGUCUCCUACGGAUCGUGUCUUGUACCCACAUCCUCCUCGCUCCGUGUCUGCUCGGGUAAAAACGAUCCCAAAUUUUAAAAAAAACCAUGCUGUAAAAAGUAACGGCGCAGUGUCGGUCAUAAAGCAGCUGUUAUCAACAGACUGUUGUCAUAGGAACAGGACCGACGUGCAGCGCUUUUCUUCUCAGAGCACAAACGCUUUUUUAUUUCCUGGAAAAAACCAGGAGUUAAUUUAAUUUAAAAAGAGUUAAUUUCAAGAACAACAAGGCGUAAUUUAUGCAGCGUAUGGUUUAGUUUUUUGUUAGGGAGAACUUCAGAAGAGAAGCCAGCCGCCUGCGCUAAAAUCAGGAACGUGAAGCAUCUCACUAGUUUCAGUUAUUCUCGAAAUAUUACGACUUCAUUGAUUUCAACAUUACAACUUUUCUCUUCAUAACUGAGACUUAUUUUUUUCUUUAACGUGGCCCGUUUACGCGGUUGCCUUUUUGACCUUCCAAAGCAGUUCCUUGGUUUUGAAUCACCGCCAUGCCUUAACCCACUAAUCUUUGACACUACUGACACACACACAGACACACUAAUACACACUAAUACUGUCUAUCUGUGUAGUUUGACUUCAUUUAGCUAAACUUGCUGGAGAGAAAAAAAACACACACUGUAAAGAUAACACACACAACAAAAGCAGCUUCGACUUUGAGAAUAUGAUUUUGAGGUUGUGACGGCGUCUUUUUUUUAAAAUGUUCGGCCUGAAUCCAGACUGAAGCAGGCUCUUUGUAUGUUUACUACAGUAGCUGUUGUACAUCAAUAUGUUACAUUUACUCUCCUCAGUAACACACUCAUCCUAGUUUAAAACCUUCUUCUCUUAUUUGUGCAAACUCUAACCUGCAGGGACUUUCUUCUUUUUUUUUUUUUACACGGAUCAUAUGUAUUUUUACCAACAAUUAUUGGUCCAUUGCAUAUUUUUUUAAAACCAAUGUUGGGUUUCUGUUUUUAUUAACCCAAGGAAAACAGUCUGUGUGCAGCUUCUCCUUGAUUUUUUCUUUUUUUUUGUAACAUUGUCAGAUUUGUUGUUGAGUCCGUUGCUCCACUAAGAAGCCUUACAC